UAUCUUAAACGGAACAUCUUAAUUAUAUAUCAUCGAAAUGAAUAGCGAGGAAUUUCGAAAACGCGGAACCGAAAUGGUUGAAUACAUCUGCAAAUACUUAGAUACCUUAGAGGAUAGACGGGUUACUCCAAGUGUUGAACCAGGAUAUUUAAGACAUUUAUUACCAACGGAGGCUCCAAAAAAUCCAGAAUGUUGGGAAAAAAUCAUGGCUGAUGUUGAGGAUAAAAUAAUGCCUGGUGUUACACAUUGGCAACAUCCACGAUUUCAUGCAUAUUUUCCCUCGGGAAAUUCAUUUCCAUCUAUUUUAGGUGAUAUGCUUAGUGAUGGUAUUGGUUGUAUUGGAUUUUCAUGGGCUGCAAGUCCUGCUUGUACAGAGCUCGAAACAAUUGUACUUGAUUGGUUAGGCAAAGCAAUCGGUUUGCCUGAUCAUUUUUUAGCUUUGAAAGAAGGUAGCACAGGUGGUGGAGUGAUACAGACCUCAGCUUCUGAAUGUAUAUUAGUAACAAUGUUAGCGGCACGUGCUCAAGCACUAAAACGUUUGAAAUCGCAGCAUCCAUUUGUAGAAGAGGGUCAUCUGCUAUCUAAAUUAAUGGCAUACUGUUCUAAGGAAGCACAUAGUUGUGUUGAAAAGGCUGCUAUGAUAUGUUUUGUUAAACUGCGAAUUUUGGAACCCGAUGAAAAUGCUAGCCUCAGAGGACACGUUUUAGCAGAAGCUAUGGAAGAAGAUGAACUCCAGGGUUUAGUACCUUUUUAUGUUUCUACAACAUUGGGUACAACAGGUUCAUGCGCUUUUGAUAACUUGCCAGAGAUUGGAAAGGAAAUACAAAAAUUUCCCUGUGUUUGGUUGCAUGUAGAUGGAGCUUAUGCAGGUAAUGCUUUUAUUUGCCCGGAGCUGAAGCCGUUACUUAAGGGCAUCGAAUAUGCUGAUUCAUUCAAUACAAACUCCAACAAAUGGCUGUUAACAAAUUUCGAUUGCUCGACUUUGUGGGUGCGCGACAGAAUCCGCUUGACAUCAGCUUUGGUUGUGGAUCCAUUGUAUCUGAAACAUGGCUAUUCGGAAACAGCUAUUGACUACCGUCACUGGGGAGUUCCACUCAGUCGGCGUUUUCGUUCAUUAAAGUUAUGGUUUGUCUUACGUUCAUAUGGUAUUUCCGGAUUACAAAGCUACAUAAGACAUCAUAUCGAACUGGCCAAACGUUUUGAGCAGCAUGUGCUUAAAGAUAAACGAUUUGAGAUUUGUAAUGAAGUCAAGCUUGGCCUGGUCUGUUUUCGUUUGAAAGGUAGCGAUAAAUUGAAUGAGAAAUUACUAAGUGCCAUAAAUGAGUCAGGCAAGAUACACAUGGUACCAGCUAACGUGAAUGAUAAAUACAUUAUUAGAUUUUGUGCCGUCGCUCAGAAUGCUAUCAAUGAAGACAUUGAUUACGCUUGGGAUGUUAUUGUGGACUUUGCUAAUGAAUUAUUAGAGAAAGAACAGCAUGACGAAUUGACUGAAAUUUUGAACAAGAAGAAAAUGGAUACUCUUGCACAGAAACGCUCUUUUUUCGUACGUAUGGUCAGUGAUCCAAAAAUAUACAAUCCUGCUAUAAACAAAGCUGGUACACCAAAGAAGUCAUUAGAUGUAGUACCGGCUGUAUUAGCACAUGGUAGAAAUCCCAUUAUAAGAACCCAAACAUCAAUUGAGCAAAAUUCUUGGAUAUCAUGGCCAUUGGCGUUUCUUUUCAACAGCAAUAAUGAUGAAGGCGCUCCAAAAACUAACGUCUCAUUACGUUUUAGACAUUUGGACACUAAUGUAGGGCCUUCAUCAUCGAGGCGUAAUUCUGGAGCUGGUUCUUCGUCUUCACCAGAAAACGAAACUGGUAUUGUUAAUAUACCAAAAUCACCAAAAAAGUCCCCUCUUAUGCAACGCAAAGGCAUUUCAACAAAUUCUAAUAACAAUUAAAUAAAUUUAAUAAUGUUUAAUAUUAUUUUAAUAUUUAUUAGCAAAUUUAUCAAGAAUUAGCAAUUUUAAGCAUCAUUUAAA